AUCCUGGAAACCGUGUCUGUGAUGGAAGAGGACCAGGAACUGGAGAGGAAGGUAAUAGAAGAACUACUUAAGGAGGCGAAACGUGGGAAAACUAGAGCAGAAAUCGUGGGACCUAUGGGCUGGAUGAAGUGUCCUCUUGCUGAGACGAAUAAAAUAUUUCUGAUGAACACAAUUAAGAACACAUUGCCCUCCCAUAAAGAGCAAGACCAAGAACAAAAAGAAGGCAGUAAGGAGCCAGCGAAAAGCCAGGACCAGAAAGAAGAAAGCCCUAAGAAGCACUGA